AUGAAUCUUUUAUUAUCAUCUGCUGUCAUCAGUUUGCUGGCAGCUUUGACCUUGGGUUACAGCUCGACAAAUUAUCCCUAUAGAACUGCCUCUAAGGAUGAUGUCUCAUAUGCUAACAUGGAUGUGCUUCAAGCCAAUCACUUUGAGCUGAUUGUUGAUGUUGACUUUGACAAAAAAGUUGUUAAGGGAGUCCAAACUAUUUUCUUUGAUGCUCUUUAAGAUGUAUCCGAGAUCGUUCUUGAUAUUCAAGGAUUAACUAUCCAGAGAUGUACUUACACAAUUGCAGGGAAGGGCCUUCCAGGAUAGAUUGAAGCCAAUUUUGACACUUUUGAUGAUACAGCGAUGGGAACAAGUGGACUCAUUAUAUACAUGACUGACAAAGCCUUCAAAGGGGAUUAAGUCACAGCAGCGAUUUAGUAUACAAUCAACUAAGACAGUGUCUCAGUUAACUGGCUAAGCCCCGCUCAAACUGCUGGAAAAGUUUAUCCCUAUAUGUACACUAAAUGCACUGCUAUCCACUGCAGGUCAAUAGCUCCACUCCAAGACAGUCCAUCAAUCAAAAUAACUUAUGCUGGUGCUAUAUCUUGUAGUGAUUAACUCAAAGCUAAUAUGAGUGCUCCGUUUACCACGGCAGAAAGCAAUGCUCCUGGCAAAAUGACUUAUCAUUUCCAAAGCUUCACACUGAUACCUUCAUAUCUAUUAGCUAUGGCUGUAGGAGAUUUGGCUACAAGAAAAAUUGGUGCUAGGACUUAUGUAAUAAGUGAGCCGAGUGUAGUUGACGAUUAUGCCUAAGUUUUCGAUUAAUUAGAAGUCAUAUUGAACAAGACUGAAUCAUACAUGACUCCAGUUCCAUAUGUCUGGGGCAGUUAUACUGUUCUAGUUUAGCCACCCAGCUUCCCAGUUGGUGGAAUGGAGAACCCACUCUUAACCUUUGUAUCACCAUCUAUCAUGCAGAAGGACAAGUCCUAGGUCUUUGUUGCCGCUCAUGAAAUCGCUCACUCGUGGUCAGGUAAUCUUGUUACUUAGAGAGAUUGGCAUAACCUAUGGCUAAAUGAAGGUCUUACAGUCUUCAUUGAAAGAAAGGUCAGUGGCUUGCUUCACGGUGAGCCAUUUGCAAAGAUUGAGAACUAUCUUGGAAAUAUUACUGUGUGGGAAGAUAUUAACACAUUUGGCCAGAGCAGCACUCAGUCAAGUCUUUAUCCCCUAACUGGAAACAAUCCAGAUGGUGUCUACUCUGAGUUACCUUAUGAAAAAGGAAACCAAUUUGUGGAUUACUUACAAAUCAUCCUUAAUGAGGGCCAGCAGGAAACUGAUUUUCUCUAGAAAUUCCUAGCUUUCUACAUUAACAAAUAUAAGUACCAAUCUGUGACCUAUCUUGAAUUCAGAUUGACUUAUAAUGAAUUUGUCAAGGCUAACUUUGAUUAAGCUAAGGCUACUGAUUUGAUUUCUAAAGUUGAUUGGAAUGCUUGGAUUAUUUAAGGAGGAAAAAAUCCUUACCAACUAGACUACACUACUCCAGAUGCUACUACGUUCUAGGAGUUAGCUGAUAACUAUGUUAGAUUAGAUGGAUAUGAUCAGAGUCCAGACAAUUAUAUGAUUUACAAUUAGACUGAUAAUCUAAACUUGAAAGUCAUUUUAUUGCAAUAGCUUUUGGUUAGAACUAAGUAUUUGUCGCUUUAAUCAAUGAUGAAGCUUGAUAAGGAUUAUGGCUGCACUUGGGAUGUUAAUCCAGAAGUUGGACAAAGAUGGUUCCCUCUUGCUAUUGCUCUUCAGUAUUAAGAUGCUUAUGACGAUGCAUUUAGCUAUGUAUCAACUUGGGGAAGAUAAAAAUACAUCUUGCCAGUUUACACUGCUCUUGUUAGAAACAAUCAAAAGUCAUUGGCUAUCAAAUGGUAUAACGCUAAUGUCAACUUCUAUCACCCAAUUGCAGCAAAAAGCAUUAGAAAAAUUAUAUUCUCUGGUUUUGAGGAGUUCGAGCACAUUAAAGUUGCUGAAACCCUCUUGAGAUCUUAAAAAUGA